UCAAGCGGCGAUUACGCUGGCCUAAAAAUCAUGCAAAAAGGGCAUGGUCCUGAUCACUGCAAGCAAGAAAAAAAAGGUGUCCUUCAUCUCUCCCGAUCCGUUUUCAUACACCUACGAUGCUGCGCCUACUAGCCCGAUCCGUAGCGCCCCGGCCGCCGGCGCACUGGUUCAGCACCACAGCCGCGGUCCUGGACGCCCCACGCACAGCGCAAAGCACUCUGGCCGAGCAACGCAAGCGACGCGAGAAAUUCGCAUACCUCAAGCAGGGCACGCAGAGACGGCGACUCGACGGCAAGACACACAGCGGGCGCUCCAGCGGCGGCCAGACGCAGCAAUUCAUGGCACGCAUGCGGCGGGCGCGCGACCAAAAGAACAAACACGACCAGGCACGUGAGUUUGCCGCAAAGCACUCGGAGACCGCCGAGCAGCGCGCCAUGGCCGACGCCCGCAUCCUGCGGCAGCGCGCCAAGCAGCUCAAGAGCCGCGGGGCUCCCGGCCUGGGGUUCACGCCGGCACGGUUCAAGCUGAUGCAUAUCGAGAACGAGUCAGGCUCCGGCCUCAAUGCCAUCUCAGGCGGCAAGCGCACAUUGACCAUCAAGGAGCUCGAGGAGUCGGUCAGGAACGCUACCUUUGCCACGCUCGGGCUGCGCAGCGAUGUGACAGAAGCCGCCCUCAGUAUGCUGCAGCAGCAGACGGCCAAGGAGAUCCGCCCCACGGAUAUCCAGGCACUGGGCAUUCCAGAGAUCCUCGGCCGCACGCACAUCAAGGGCAAGCACAGCCAUGCGCCCAGCGUGUUUUUGGCUGCCGAGACCGGCUCAGGCAAAACCCUGGCGUAUGCAUUGCCGCUGAUCUCGCAGCUCAAGCAGGCCGAGGAGGCGGCUCAGAGGCGGCUCGCCCGCCCGCGCGCUUUGGUCGUGGUGCCAUCGCGCGAGCUGGUGGUGCAGGUUGUUGGUACAUUCAAGCGGCUCGCGCACACGGCCAAGGUGCGCGCGCUGGGCAUCCAUCUGGGAAUAACGCGGCGCCGCAUCCGCGACCUGGCCGCCCAAGGCCCCAUUGAUGUGCUGGUUACCACACCCGGCGCUGCCCUGCGCUACAUGCAGCGCGACCCCCUGCUGUCGCCGGCUGACGUGCGGCACCUGGUGGUGGACGAGGCUGACUCGCUGAUGGACCCGCGCAGCUUCGGCGAGCAGAUGACGCGUGUGCUGCAGCUGGUGCAUAGUGCCAAUCAGACCCAGAAAACGCAGGAGCAGGCAGUGUUUGUCAGUGCCACGCUGCCCAAGCUUAUUCGCGAGCAGAUCAUCCGCCGGUACCCGGAAGUCGUCCACGUGACCACGCCCUCCCUGCACCGCGCCCCGCAGAAGCUCUCGCAGUCCUUCAUCGACGUCUCGCGCGAGUUCCAGGGCCAUCGCCUCAAUGCCCUGUGGUAUGUGCUGCGCACCGCUGCCGCCGACAAGCACCUGAUUGUCUUUUGCAACAACAAGAAGCACGCCAACCUGGUCCACCGCCAGAUGUACGCCCGCGGAAUCCCCGCUCUGCUGCUGGUCGGCUCACGGCCCGACAAGAGCCCCGAGAAGGACAAGGCAAGGGCUCCGAAGACCGAUGCCGAUGCCGAUGACGUCAGGGCCCCCAGGAAACCUGCCAGUGAUGCCGACGCAUGGGACCGUGCGACCUGGUACACCGAGCAGCCGGCAAAGGAGCCCAAGGAGGAGCCCACAAAGGAGCCCAAGGCUGAGGACGAGGAGGCCGAACCGAUCAGCGGCGCUGACCUCAACGACCUGCAUGCGCCGGUGCCGCACUACGACCGCACCGAGGUACUGAAUGCUUUCUACAGCAGCGAUCCGGUUCCCGCCCACCUGCUGCCGCGAGUUGCCAAGGGCGAAGUGGUUGCCGACGACCGCAAGAUCCUAGUCUGCACGGACCUGGCGUCACGCGGACUGGAUACGACCUGUGUAACCCACGUGGUGCUGUUUGACUUCCCGACCACCGCCAUCGACUACCUGCACCGCUCUGGCCGCACUGCCCGUGCCGGCUCCAAGGGCAAAGUCACUGCGCUGGUGGGCAAGAAGGAUCGCCGCCUGGCCGACCAAAUCCGCCUAGCCAUUCGCCAGGGUGGCGUAAUCAACUGACAGGUGAUAGCGCCCGUUCUCUUGCGCUAUGAACCUCUCUUCCUUCUUAUCUCCUUUUUGCAGCUAUCAUUUUUCUUACAGUUAGCAAUGUCCGGAA